GGCAGCGCAGCGCAGCGGCCCCCGUGAGAUCCGAGAGCCAGGCCGAGCCGUGCGCCCCGCGCAGCGCGGCGCCCGCAACCCGCGAGAAGCACAAGCCCUUUCCCCUCCCGAGUCCUGUCGGCCGGCGACCCCCCCGUCGGCGACGACCUGUCGGUGCCAGAGUGCCGUGUCGCGCGUUGUGACAACAACAACAUCGGCGAGCAGCUCACCGACACUCGGAUAACAGCUUCCCCCCUCAGCGUGCAGCGGCCGCCGCCGGGAGACCCCGCGCACUACGGAGUCGCCAGAGAGCAAGUCCAUGGAGGAGGACUAGAAUGAAAUGCCCUGGCGACCCACACUGGAGUUGCUGACUCUCUCGAAGUCCGGCGGCGCGGCCCAACACCUCGGUAAUGGAUUCGCAGCAGCAGUUCUGUCUAAAAUGGAACAGUUUCGGCAGCAAUUUGGCGACAGCCUUUGGAAACCUGUUCAAAUCGGAGAGCCUCACAGAUGUCACCCUCUUCUGCGAAGGCGUGACAUUUAAGGCGCACAAGCUGAUCCUGGCGGCCUGCAGCAAGCACUUUCAGGACCUGUUUGAGACGGCGCCAGUAUGCCCGAGCAUCCUGGUGAUCCUGGAUGGAACCACCUCCAGCAACAUGUCAGCGUUGCUGGAGUUCAUGUACAAAGGCGAAGUGCAUGUCUCACAAGACAGCCUUCCCAGCUUUCUGAAAGCUGCGGAAUGCCUUCAGGUCAAGGGGCUGUCCAUCGAACAUGAGAAACUAGCUCUUGUUCAAGGGCAGGAGGAUGUGCCAAACAGUAGCGACAAGUUGGACUCUCCAACCGGUCGAAAGAUUGCACGGUUAAAUUCAAGUUUGAAAGAGGUGGCAGAUAGUCUGAAUAACAACUGUGGCUCUGAAAGUUCAAUAUUACAACAACGGGCAGAGCACAACUCAUCCUCAAUGCCAUCUCCCUCAACCCACCCCUACUCACCCGUCCACCCCUACAUGUCCUGCUACAGACCUUAUAACGACAGAUCUUCGUCUACCACCCAGCCUGCUUCGUCGCAAGGAUAUGACAAUCCACGGAAACGGUCAGCACAUCGCAGUCCGAGCGACUCCAUCCAAGAAUCGUCAUCAACCGUGCGGGCGUCAGUGUUAAGAGAUAGCAGAACGUCCCGACCAUCAAGUGACCCAGAAAUGCAUUACCACCAGGGUAGCGCCCACGACCCCAGAGAAAUGUCGCCCAAGACCGACGAGAACCACUCCUACGGUCAUAGCUCUCCGAACGUACACCGCUACGACGACGGGCCUGUCGACAACGGUGCCAGUGCCUCGUCGUCUGUUUCAUUUGACAGACCUGCUGCUGUGGAUCCCCCUGCUGCUGAGGGAAACAAUGUAGGAACUCCAGAUAGUCUCCACUCCUCCUCCUCCUCCACCAACGUGGACAACCCCGACACCUGUGCAGAAGACUUGAGAAUAAAACAAGAACCAUCCACGUGGUCGACGUCCGUCGACGAAUCUGCACAGCCUAGUUCGGCCCCUUCACCUUACAAAGAUCAUAUGAAUGCCGAGAAAAAGCCUGAAAUUUUAAGUCCAAGAUUGUGGAAUUCAGGAAAGUUAGGCACUUUAAAACCUACGGGUAGUGGGAUUGAUGGAGAAAUGAAGAUAGAUUCUUUGAAAGGGUACACAGCUCAAAGAACUCCUGAUGGCAAGAAACUUCAGUGUCCGUUUUGUGAGAGGCUAUACGGGUAUGAAACAAAUUUGCGUGCUCACAUACGGCAACGCCAUCAAGGAAUUCGAGUGCCUUGUCCGUUCUGCUCACGUACCUUCACCAGGAAUAACACAGUGAGGAGACACAUCGCCCGUGAGCAUAAGACAGAGCUAACGCUCAAGGCGUAUCAACAGACGCAAGUUUUGAACCACAACCCAUGAGGACUGCUGCUCGCGCCUUCCCUCUACCCGUUCAAUUUGCAGCUUUAAAAGAAAAUUGCCAUGUUGAUCACCUCUUUGUCCUCAGCACUCAAUGCAUAUACUAACAUAGUACGGGUAUAAUCACGGGUAAACAAAUCUAUUAUUAUUGUUACAAAAUUUUGGAGCAAUUUACGUGCUCUCUGUGAGUGGUGCAUGAGUAUAUUGUCAUUUGUGUUGUGGACUUGGAGAAUAUUGUAUGAUUAAGUCAUGGCAGGUUCCUGUUUUUUUCUUGGAAUUUUUGUUUUGUUUUGUUAAAGAGAGAUGAUGAAACCAAACUCAAUCAGGACGACAGAACUACCUCAUAAUUAUAGCUAUUAUAUUGAAAGAUAUAUUAAGAAAGAUCACAAAAAGUAUCUAUAGAUUUAUAUAUUUGAAUGUAUGUGACAUGUUUGUUUAAUUCAUGUCUGUGAAAACUACUCAGGUACAACUCCAUUUAUUAAGGUUUUGGCUAGCUCAUCUCUCUCUCUAUAUCUUUCUUGCAGGGUUUGUAGACAAGGCAAAGAGGGAGAGAUUUGCAAACCACAGCAACAGAUACUGCCAAUAUUUGAUAAUCCAUGAAAGUGACUUAAAGCAAAGCCUCCAUUUUCCAUAAUGCCUGUAAAUAUUACUUUAUUUGACCCCCUCAACAUUUAAGACUUGUUAUGUUCUGCCUUCUCUUUUUUGCUCCUUAGUUUUAUUAUAUUUUGUGAUGAAUUAAGUUGAAAGCUAAUCAAAUGCUAUCUUUGGGUGACCCGUGCUUGUUUAAAAUCUGUGAUGUAAAUUUAAUUGUUUUCUCUGGAAGACCAAGUCCAGGAUAUGUAAUUACAGUCAUUCAAAAAAAUUAGUUCUACUAUUUCUCCCUGAUUUUUUUAAAAGAAAUGUGUUUUUUGGAAAUGGAUGGCUUUUGCUCUAUCACAUUGUAUGUGGUUUAACCACCAUUGCAUCACUUAUCUCAGGGAUCUGAAAUCUCACAAGGUAUCAUCUGCUGUAUAUGUAUAGUAAAUAUUGGUGAUACAUAGUUAAUUGUUACUUCUCUUUGCUGUGAUGCUUAAUUAUCAGUCACAAUUACUCAAUUGUCUGGGUUUUUGCACUUGUGGAUUCUAGAAGUUUUCUGUUACAACGUAAUGAAAGGUAUUCAUUCAGUGAUGGGACCAUUAUUAUCAGAACACCAUUAAUCUUUGCUUCAGGGAAAUACUCUAGGACAGGUCGUAUUUAUGGUAUUGGAUUGAAACUUCAGUACUCUGCUUUUAGGAAACUAGUCAUUUUCUCAGGAAGCAUUUCAUGUUAAUAAUUAUGUUUGGUUGUCUACUGCCCCCAACAUCUCUGACAAAUAGGGUCCAUUGUUUUUUAACUUGACACCUGAAAUGGAAAAGAAAAAAAGAAACACGUUUGUGCCAAAUCAAUCUCAGAUUCAGGUUUAUUUCUAACUUAAUCUCCCCAUAUUAUGCAGUGAGUAAAAGUCGUGAUUCAUUAAGUCUCUGGCCCAUACUCUUUAAACAAUUGAACGGAUGCAUUCAUGGUUUGGCGCGAGUUUGAACAAAAGGAGGGAUUCAUAAUGUAAAUAGUGUCACUAUUGACAUUUGCAAAUAUCUAAUGAAUAUUGUUGUGUUUCAUUCGAUGCAAAGCAUCACAAAAUUUUACUUUCUGUGUUGUGCAAAAUUAAUUGAAUGUGAGCUUUGAUAUUUCCCCCAUGUUUAUGUGACCCUCAUUGUGGUAGCUACUAGAUUUCUUCUAUCUUAUGUUUGGAUUCAUUGUUUUAUUUUGUUUCCUUUGGAAAUUGCAUGUCUUCUUUUUAAUUGCAAAUCUUCUCAAGGAGAAAAAUUGUUUAGUAGUUCAGAAAUAUUUUGCUAUCUGCUCCUAGUCAAUGUAUUUCCUCUAGUAAAUAAGUUCUUUGGUUGCACAGGUGUGUUCUAUCUUUGUGAAAGUUAAGGUUACAGUAUUUAUAUUGUUUGACAAGAACCCUUUAAAAGUCUUGGGCAUUUAUUGCAACAUGCAUCAAGACAGUACAACACAUUUAUGCACUACCCAUGCUGCAUUUUAUAAUGUACUCAAGCAGAACCCACAAAUAACCAACUACCUCAAAUAUGCCUGUGAAUUUUAUAUAGUAUCUAAAGAACCUUUUUCAGUGCACUCAAGAAAUGAACCAGAUAUCUUAAAGACAAAGUAACUAAAGAGACUCAGCAAUUUUUCUAUAUAUCCAUAUGCACUGAUCAAGGUGUUCGUUCUAUUGUUAUAAAUUAUAAUUUAUCUGUGUGUCUGUUGACUCUUGUUGCAUUGCCAUUUCUUUGAUCAGAAUCCAGAUUUUUCUUGUUUUUAAAAGUUUAAGAUUGUUGUUUCGAAUAUGGUUGUCAGUAUCAACUGCAAAUGAACAGAGCCUGCAAGGAGGGCGUGCCAUCGGUGCCAUAGAUCCAAGAGGAUUGCAAUGCUUGUGAUGUUAUAUACAGUAGGAUGUGAUGUGUCAGUAGGAUAACUGCAACGGAAGGUAUUGAAUCAGAAAAAUCAUAUGUUGAAUGUUGCAAUUAUUCUUUCAUGUUUCCUUAAUACGGGUAUCUAUCUUUCUACUGUUUUAAAAUCUUCAGAAUGUUUUUCUCACUGGUCCAAUUUAUCAUUGACUAUGUUUUCUGUUAUGAAUUGGAUAAUUUUUAACACUUGUUUCUUCAGUGCUUUACCCUUUCAAUUAGUUUGUUGAUUUAGUUAUUACGUGUUUUUUUUCUACUUUUGGUGUUUGGUUAUUGCAUGACUAACUAAAUGAUAAUAUAAGUCUGUAGCACCUGAUUGAUGUUUUGGCAUAUUUUCUGUACUAACUCUACUAUAUUAUUGAUGUAUUGUUUUAGGUUAUUACCUUGUAAAUUAAUGUGUCUGUAAGUGUAUAUACACUUCACAACAAAACGGGUAAGAGAUGCAGAGCUGCUCUCGAUUUACGCUAUACUAUAUUAUCGCAUAUGCAUGUCUCUUCUGUUGCCCCUAGUGAAACUGAACCUUGUUUAGAUGUCUAAGUUGUGGUGAACUUAAUUUUCUUUUAAGUGGUGUGAUGAGGAACUAUCUGUUAAAGCCAAGACCAUCGAGUACAAUGUGGUUGAAACAUUGUUGCUGUUUUGAGUGAUUAUUUUUUGCGCAACAAUGCAAAUCAGUCAUUAUGUACCUUGUGGGCCUUCUUGGGCCAGUCAAAUUAUCUUGCUGUUUUUUCCAGUAUUUUAUUUGUGUACGUCACAAAUGUUUUAUCUACCUCAUACAUACGGGUUUACUCUCCAUUAAAAAAUAGAGAGCUAGAAUAGGACUAGUUUUUCAGUAUUUACUUGAAUACUUAAGGUCAACUGACUGCUGGAGUGCUGGUGAGGGUGUGGCUGUCAGGGUGACGUGAAGUGUCUGUGAUAGGGCCUUGGCCCAGCCCCUCAACCAGCACGAGGUUGUCGCCAGGAACACAUUGAAACGGGUAACUUAAUUAUGCGGAAUGGGUUCCCAUCACAAAGCAUUCAACCAGUGGCCACCCUGCUUUUUAUUUUCAGAUUGUUGUUUAUUAUAAAGAGAGAUAGGCAGGGUGGUGUGCUUUUUAAUGCCAAGUGGUUCAGUCAGGGUGUAGCACAGCAAGGGGACCCAUCUGCCUUGCUUAGAUAGUAAAUCAACUGAUUCUUUCUCAGAUCUGACUACUUUUUAUUCAAGACGAGAUAGACAGUUACUUGUUGUUGGAAUUUAAAAAAUGCAAAAGUGUCAAUCAUAUUUCAAACUUUUGUACAGGCGAUUUUUUCCAGCAUAGUAUUUAAUUGUUAAAGAUUAUUCAGAUUAUGCCAUUGUUACUAUCUGUUGGAAAUUUAAAAGAAAUAGUCUUCAGCUGAUUCACCUUUUUUCCAUACUAUUGCAGAAAACUAAAACUAAUUAUUACAAGAAGCGAGAAAAUUAAAUCUUACAGUCAAAAUUUUAGCAGAAUAUGGCUGACAAUAAAAUUUGUUGUGACACGUUACAUCACUGCCAUUGUAUGUUAUCUUGUUCAUAUGUAGUUUACAACAGGUCCACGGAACUUAUUGUUAUCAGUCAAUGUGGACAUCGAUUUUGAACAGGCUUAGAAAGGUUGUGUUCCGUCCUUUGGACGGCUUGUUCCAAAGUAUUGCUCAGACUUAACGUGAGGAACGUCUCAGGAAUAUUUAUCAGGGAUAUAGAUAUAGUACAUUAACCAGUAUGACACUGGACGAAGACUUAUCCUUCUUACACGGGUUGUUACAUUUAUGUGUCACAUUACUUACCAAUUUUAGGGUUGGCAUCACAUUCAAAAACAGAAAGUGGUGAAUUUCUUAAACAUAAGUAUAUUUUCUGUUAACAUAUGCUUCCAUUGAAGACACUUGACAGUACAAAUCUUAAAUACCUCACAGAGCACUUUUUAUGUGCAUUUAUCUCUGAUGUUGACAUUGUGUUAAUUUGGAGUUUCAAACAGUCUCCUAACAUAUAUGUCUUAACUUGAUUUCGUUAUUAAGAGAAUGUGUAUAAUCGGCUUAUUGUUUAUAUUGAGGCUAUUUUAUUGCCUCAUGCUUACGGGUUGUAUUGUUGAUAUGGAAUUAAACGGGUGCACUUUUGUGUGUAUGUAUGAACAUACAUGUUUGUACAAUUAGUUAUUCAAACAGAUUUAACACUGCUGAAGCCUCUCUUAGUGAAAUCGAGCACUAACACUUAGUCUUCAGUUGAAGAUUGUACAGUAAGUUAUUGUUUAUUAAACCUCAUCUACCUCAUUUUCAGUGAUUGUAUUACAACAAUCAUAUCGUUAUGUAGCAUAUGGUCUGUUGAUAGUAUUGGAAACCUGUAAUUUGUAUAGGUUUAUCUUCCAAGUUCCUCAUCCCCACUUACCAAAUGGGUCCAAGGAGAAUUGUUGCUGAUUUGUUAUUGUUUCCUAGGAAGGAGGAAUAUUUAUCUAUCACAGUAAACUGAGUUUAUCUGAAAGAAAAUUGUUCUAAAGAUGUAGAGAGAACAAUAUUUCAGGUCUAUAGUUCAUUUGCUUUAUGUAGUGUGUCACCACAACUUAGUGUCUUGAGUUGCUAUGUGUGUUUACGUCUAUCCCUAUCUGGUCUGCAGUGUGCUUUUUUACUUCUUUAAUGUGUUAGAAAAAAUAGAAAACGUCAUCCCCAAAAAAAGGAAAGUGUUAUGAAACGUGUCUGUGAACAAGUACAAGCAUUAUUUGUAAAGUACAUGAUAAGGAAGCAGAUUGUGAGAGACAUGUGAAGAUGUGUGGUGUUUGAGUUAACACCAUAGCGUAUUGAAGUGAGUGAAAUUAUCUUACAUUAGCAUUCUGCUGAUUUUCCUACUAGCUUCUUUAGAUGAAUGUCUGAGUGUUUCUUCAUUCAAUUUAUAAGUAGGUUGGUUUGAUUUGUAAUGGAUGCCAUGUUAUUCCUAGCUAGAUAUGCAAACUCAGUGUAAAUGGAGUGGCAGCAAUGCUCAGUCGGUUUGUGCCAAUUGCCACUUGCUACUUGAGGUGUAUUUAAAUUAACACUGUGCAAGUCAGUGAAAAUAAGUAGCCAAGUAGUGUGUAGCAAAAAAUAUGUGGUAGGUUGGUAACUAUAUUUAUGUACAGGUCUGAGGCUGAUGAGCUGAUAGCAAUGCUAAUGCUUCAGGUUGUCAACAGUUGUUUACAAAAUAGGUUUGUUUUUAAAAAUAGAAAGAGUCUAAUGCGUUUUAUAACAAAAUAGUAUUGCAGAGAAAAUAUUUUUGUAUCACCAAUUUUUGCACCAUGAUUGUCUAGGUAUGGAGACUGUGAAGCGCUGGCUUGCAAUUAGCCGUGGGAUCAGAAGUGGCAUCUAUUGCAGAUUGAACUGGAAAAUGGGACUUGACUGGGGACCGCAGCCACAUCUACCUUGUCAUGUUUCAUUGCUCUGUAUAAUUAAGUCGCUCAAACUAGAUCAAAAGGACUUGCAGCGGUGUAUCACACACCAUAAUCAUGUCCGUCCUUGUGAUUUGGGGGCGGAAUUAAGCCCCUCCCACCCUUGUCAAGUAUGGAAUACUUUGUUAUCGAUUUUGAUGUGUUAAAGUAUAUGUGUAAUUAUUUUGGGCAUACUUACACGCAUGUGUACGUGUGUAAGCAUAUGUGAGAUUGUGUGAAUGAUAAGUAUGUUUGCCAGUGAAUCUGCAAAAGCAAACAUGAAUGUUUGUAUGAAUGUCUGUGUUUAUGUAUAUGUUUGUCAGUAGAUGUGUAAGGACAACCAUCCCUUUUUUUAAUACCUGUUUUAAGUUUCUUUUUUUACAUGCCCAGUCAAAUAUUAAUGUCCUCAGUAAAGUGAGUUUUUUAUACCGGUAUAUUUUAGUCUAGGUUGUAAUAUAAAUAUGCAGUCUUUGUUUGUUUCUCUGUGUUGACAUCAAUGUGGGCCUUUUUAAGAAUAGCUCGAGCAUUUUAGGCUUUAAACUUAUAUGUGUAGGCAAAUAUAAAUUUACAAAUGUAUUGUUCAACAGUGUAUAAAACACAUAUUGCCUCGUGUGUAUGUCAAGCUGAAUAGAUCUGACUAUUUUAAGGUGACAACUACCCUUGAAUAUUUAUCACCAAUUUGUAUGAAAUUUUGCCAAGGUCUGCUUUCAUCCAACUCUCUAUCGACAGUCAGAUAUUCUUUGAAAGAUUUAGAGUAAUGCAGCUCAGUGUUUAUAAGGGUGAUGACGCUCCUGCAAAAUUUCAUAACGAGAUGUCAAGUCAAGACAAAACGGUCCGAACUCCGUACUUACUUGCAUUAUGUGUCUGCUUGGCUUGCCGUGGCCUGGGAUGUGAGAUUAAUGUCAGAGCUAUAUCCUUGUAGAGUAUCCAAAAUUCAAGUUAACAAUUUGGCAUAACAUAUGUGCUUUCAAAACAUAUUUCAAUAUUUAUAUAUAUAUUUUAUUUUGUAUAAAUUAGUCUAUCAUUAAAGUGAUUGAAAUCAUUCAAAUGUUAAAUGUUCGGAAUUUUAUGGAUAUCUAAAUAUACCAAAUAUAUGGACAUGUUUUUAUAAUUUAAAAUUAUAAAAUUUUGAGUUAACUUUUGUUCUUUUCCAUGUGUUUGGAUUUCAAAAAAUUUUCAUCAUUCCAAAGUUGUUCUUGUCAAUGUAUGAUGAUUGUGGCUGCUGACUUAAAAAUUGGACCUGAAUAAGCGUCACAGUGAAACAGUUGCAGUCAUGUUCGCAUUACUGGCCAUAAAUUGCAACAUUUUAUAAAUUAAACACAAUCACCUUUUUGUGGUGUCUAGUGUCCAAUCUAUGUGUUGACAUAUACAUAGCUAAAUGUGACUUGAAUGUUCUUUCUCUUAAGAGAUCAUUAAUGGUUUGUAAUAGUCUGUAUGUUUGAUGUUUGUACAUGUGGUAUGUAUACAAUAAGAAGAAUUUUGUUGUUUUCUUAAAAAAAUAGAUCUGUGUGUAGAUGAAACAUUCUUUAAUGUUGUUAGAUGGUUUGAAAUUAUGUGUACUCAAAACUUUUAAUAAAAAUGUGUAUUUUGUUGUAUUUCAUACUCAUGGAAUGCCUUUUUGAAAAUUUAACAGUUUGAAUGUAUUUCUUGCAUGCCACCAAAAGUUUCACCAGAAACUGCUUUCUCUUCUGGGUCAAAGCUUCUAGUGCAGGCAGUCACAUUUAUGCUCCAAGUUUUGGAGACCGUGGAGUAGUGAGUUCGCCUGACCAGUGCCAGGAGGAAUGUGAGAGUAUGUGAUAUGUUUAGCCUGCUGUCUGCUUCAGGAGCAGUAGCAUUGCAAAAAAUAGUAGGGUCAUUGUUCAGUUAUGGUCCAGGCUACAGCAUGAGGGUGUUAUUUGUAGGCAUGUGCAGAAUCGGGAAAAGGACAAAAACUCAUACGUGUUUUGUAAAUCCAGUGCUAGUCUGGCAAACUUAAAAAACCUGAAAAUUGUUUGAAUUUCCUUAUUUCAAUGGAUGUAAUCCAUUUAAAACUUUUUUAUACCAUAAAAUGGUUUGUAAUUGCCUGAUUGUACCCAUGUAAGUUAAGAUUGUGCUACACAUAUGAAGCGAAAGGUUCAAUCUAAACCUUUGUGAUGUGAUCCUUAGGUUGUGUUUAAGUGAAACGUUUGUGACAAGUGAGUUUGUGAUCCUGCUGUCCUUGUAAAAAUGUGUGUAUAACAUUUUAUUAAUCCAAAAUAAUGCCUAUGAUGGCUGUUGUGUCCCGUGAUAUAAAAAAAGAAUUGCUCUCUGCAUUUUUGUAAAUGCACGUGCUUACCAAAGACAGUAGCACUUAAGUAAAUUACUGUGAAAAACUUGUGGAAAAAUGUUUGAUUCUUCUUUAGCAGGGGAUCCAAUUACCUUGUUACAACGUAAUUGAUAAGUUUGUCAAUGUGUUUUGUUAAAGCUAUGUGUACAGGUGAACCAUUAAGAAAAACCAAGUUUUAAAAAUGCAGCUGCCUCCGAUUCUACAUGUUUUUUUAAAAUCUCGAAAGAAUUGGUGUACCUGUUCAGCAUUCAGUUGUUUUUAUUUUAUAAUGAGAUUAUGUUUUCUUUUCUAUCCCUGUGUGAUUUUGCACUUAGAUUGUGCACUUUGGAUUCCUGCCUUGCGCCUGCAUUGGACGUAGCUCAGUAGGGGUUGUGUUAGUGAGCGUCUCACUCCUGGCAAUGAGCGAGGUGACAAAGAAUUAUGGAAAUCAAAUUAUGCUUUGUUCUGUGAUUUUAUGUACCUGUCAAAGGCUAUUUUUUUAUGUUUUGUGUUGGGGUUAUUUUGGUUUCCUUUGCAAGAUGCAAGGUAGGAUAAGGAGGAGCUGUGUAUGGUUCAUACUGAGUUGUAACAACCUUUCCAAUGCAUUAGGUUUUAGUUUUUAUGAGCUCAAGCCACUUGACUCAUUUUACAAUAUGGGACCUUUCACCAAAAACAAAAAUAUUUAGAAAAUUCAAAUAUAUUUAAAGUGAACCUUUGUGCCAAAUCUUAGGGGCUAUGUGCAUCACCACACGAAUGUUUAUUUCAGUAAAACUGAUUUCUUUAAGUACCCCAGAAACUAAAUAUCUAAAUUUUUGAAAUUAGAAGAAAAAUACAUGUGAUGGCACUGAGUCAAAGGACUAUGUUGCUGAUAAUUUUGGUGAAUGGUCUCAUUUAUUGGAUAAAUUAUGUUGUUUUUUCUUUUUUGUUUGUUACUGUUGCCCUUUAAAUCAAAUCUUUGUUAUUUGUAGUAAAUGUUGUAUGUGUUUCUGUGUAGUAGCUAGAAUUUUACUGGAUAGGAAUGUUACAACUGGAUGAGUGAGGUGGCGCUUAACAAAGGAAGCGGGAGCAUUGAGAAAGUUGUGUGUAUGAUGCUGUAAGAUUUGAUAGGGAAUCAUGCAUACAAGUUUAGCACCUAAAACAUACUCACUAGCUGUAACUGGACACAUGUAACUAAAAGUUUAAUUGAUGUCAGAAAAUGGAACUUCAAAGAAAUCACAGAUUACUAAUAAACUAAAUUUGUUGCUAUAAGAAAAAAAA